AUGAUCUCGUUUCGGAGUGUCUCUAUUGCAUUGCGUCCAUCGGCAUCCGCAUUCGGCCACAACUCUGUUCGCAAUGCCAGCCCAGUCCUUCUUGGGCGCCAGCAGAGGAAAGGCCUGGCAACUGCUUCAACACCCACCGACUUAGGGGCCACAAUGCCACCAAAUUACUCUGCUCGUGUUGGACAGCUCAAGACAUUCACCUUGCCUGAGAAGGUCACUGGAUGUCCCGGAGACAUUCAAAUGGGAAAAGACUUGGUCAACGCGUGGCGUGAAGAUGGUAUACUUCAAAUUGCAAUGGACCCUAAGCAGCAGGCUCUCUUCGACAAAGCGUUUGCUGCCAGUAAAAACUUUUUUGCUCUGCCCCCUAAACAAAAGGCGGCUUGUAUAGACAGUCAGAGCUAUGCCGGCUAUAUUGCCUCUGGAGAGGAAAUUACAGAUGGUAUUGCUGAUUAUUCAGAGAUCUUCACGGUUACAAAAGAUCUUCCUCUCGAUGAGCCUCGAGUGAAAGCCAAGUGGCCUUGCCACGGUCCCUGCCCUUGGACAGACAACGAGAUGAAGACCACUGUACAGCAGUAUAUGGAUUCCUUGGGUACUAGCGGAGAAAGACUGCUAGGGCUGAUUGAAUACGGACUUAACCUGGAGCCUAAGACUCUGACUGGCCUAACUCAGGACGGAUGGCACCACCUGCGUAUUUUGAGAUUCCCUCAAACCACCAACACCAACGGAAAAGGAAAAGAUGGUCGCGGCAUUGGGUCUCACACGGACUACGGCCUCUUGGUCAUUGCAGCCCAGGAUGAUGUCGGAGGUCUAUUCAUUCGACGCCCCUUCGACGACGAGAAGCUAGAGAAUUGGAAGAAGAGUGCCGCUGGUUUCCAAGAAAAUGAUGAACGAUGGGACUAUGUGCCUCCUGUACCUGGAGUCUUCACGGUCUUCCCAGGUGAUAUGAUGCAGUUCAUGACAAACUCCUACCUACCAUCUACCCCCCACAAGGUUGGCCUCAAUACUCGGGAACGAUACGCCUUUGCCUACUUCCAUGAGCCCAGCUUCCAAGCUGAGAUCAAACCAAUUCCUCAGCUUUAUGAUGGAAACCCUCCCGAUGAAAAAGUCCACUACGGAACCCACUUCACAAACAUGUUUAUGAGGAACUAUCCUGAUCGGAUUACAUCCGAGCGAAUUAUUAGAGAAGAUCGUAUGAAGAUUCUGGACCUGCCCGAGGUGCGAACUCGAUAA